UUUAACACAGUCAGGCUACCAAUUCCCUUCCUCUGUUGCAAAGAGGAAAAAGGAGGAAGAGAUAUGACGGAAUACGAUGAUCGCAGCUGUGCGUCAAAUAUGUAUUUACCGAGCUGCACUUAUUACGUCUCGACGCCCGAUUUCACUUCGGUCUCCUCCUUUUUACCACAAAAUACUUCGUGUCAAAUCAAUUUUCCCUAUUCUCCCAACAUAGCUCAAGUCCAACCUGUUCGAGAAGUCGCUUUCAGGGAUUAUGGACUGGACCAUCCCAGCAAAUGGCACUAUAGGGGCAAUUACGCUUCUUACUACUCAACGGACGAGAUAAUGCAUCGGGACUUGAUCCAGUCCUCCAGCAGCAGGGCGGAUGUGAUAUUCAAAAACGAGUCCUUGUACGGCCAUCACGGAGGGACGAGUUCGCCGUGCGGUUUCUUCACCGGCAUCGGCCGAAAUGGGGUUCUUCCCCAGGGCUUCGACCAGUUUCUUGACACCCCUAACUCGGACAAGCCCAGUACGGAGCUCCCCAAACAAAAGACAGACUCCGCUGUUGCCGGGGACGCUGCGAAUAACAGCCAGGCUUUAACCAAACUAGAGCAACACAAAGCUGAACCGAGCGGGAGCGUCGACGAGGAUUCUUCUUCCAACUGCGGCGACAGGAACAACCAGCAGAACUCAUCAACCAAGUCCAGGAAGAAGAGGUGUCCUUACUCCAAAUACCAGAUCCGAGAACUUGAACGAGAGUUUUUCUUCAACGUGUAUAUUAACAAAGAGAAGCGGCUUCAGCUGUCCAGGAUGUUAAACCUGUCCGACCGGCAGGUGAAGAUUUGGUUUCAAAAUAGAAGAAUGAAAGAGAAAAAGCUGAAUCGCGACCGCCUACAGUAUUUCACUGGGAAUCCUUUAUUCUGAUAUCUGACAUAAUGCUACACACACACACACACACACACACACACGAUGGUAAAAUAGUAACUAUACACACACGUUAAGACUUGUCACCCUGCAUAUUUGAGCUCCAAUCACAUCCAACAGCUCAUUUUCAAAAAUCCAGUAUUUGGAAUUACAAGGCGCCAUAUAUUUUUUUUAAUAUUAUUAUUAUUAUUAAAAUAAACAAUCUCUGCAUUUUUUUAAAAUUUCAUUGUAUUUUUUGUUCACAUAUCUGAAUUAUUAUUGCCAGCAAAAUAUUCCAGCGUUGUGCGGGCUGUGCUUUGAAAUUAUUUAUAUAAAAUAUAUGUAGGCUUCUUCCUUGUGUAAUGUCCAUUCUUAGAAGACGCAUGCGUAAUGCACGUUGUGGUGUGAAAUAAAGUAGACACGACAAGUGUUGUAUCAUAGUCACGAAACUUGUCACAUGAACUUAACCAAGUCGAACGAAAAUGAAGUGAAGACGAGGGGGGGGGGGGAUUUUCCGAAGAUUCAUCAAUGGAGAAAUUUGGCGCUUUCAGGCCUGUAUAGUCCUUUCAUUCCCUUUGCUUUCAUCACUGAGUUGUUUACUAAACCUUGAACCGUCUAGACAGUAUAAUAAACGUAGCUGUAAACGUCUAAAUAGGGGGCUAUUGGACUUUGGUGUCCCAACCCCCCCAGACCACAAGAGGACUGAAUCAUUUUCCUGCCUCAAAGUAGUUUCACUCCAGGCUACAAAUGUUUGGAGAAGUGAAGAGGCUUUCUGCGCAUCUCGUCCAUAUGUGGCUCCUUUGUUUUCUCCUCCACACUUAACGUUAGCAGUCUUAGCUGGGGAAUAAUUGGGAGGAUAUUCUAGCAAGGAUCACCACGUGAGAGAAUAGGUAAUGUCUCAAGUUUAUUUGCUUUUCUGGCCUUCCCAAUGAGCUAAAUGUGACUCUAAAUCUGCUGCAAAAGAGGAAGAUUUUCUGUUUUUGGUGGGGGAAAAAAGCGCUUUAAUUAAUGCAGGUGAAACAUUUCCACCCACAUGUAGUGAAAUCAUCUGAAUGUCCCUGCUUUAACUCAUGUACUGUUUAUCUCUGGGCUAUUUUUGUGACCAGCAAAGAGUCGAAGUAAAUAAAUGCACGCAAUCCACGCAGUUGCUUUAAUGAAAAUCCCUGUGAUGCCAGUAGGAGAUCAUUUUCUUUUGCAGCAACAAUUGUUUCAGUAUCCUUUAUGGAGGGAAAAAAAAAGUUUAGAGUUGGAUUAAUGUUUUUUCAUCUGUGAUGUACUAUCACAUCUUCAGUUAUUUCCCAAAAAGGCUAUUAGAAAACCGAGGUUUCAUUAAGCGUUUAAUUGGGUUGUCAUCAUGUCCUACAGUGAAAUUACAUUACCAACUGUGUAGGGUAUUUCACUUUGCUUCUCGGUGUAUCCACAGGAGGGCAGACUUGCAGCUUUUGGUUGCAGCUGGAAAUGCAGGGUUCAGCCAAAUUUAAAAUCUACCCAACAUGAAAGUCAGUCAGUGGAGGAAUAAUCCUUUCGACGCAGGCUUUGUUUGUUUGGAUUCUUAUUUCAUUCUCACCAUCGUAUUUCAACAUAAUUUACAUUCCUGAAAUUCUUUUCAAAUUGUUCCAGUUGUUCUCUUUUAUUUAAAAAAAAAAUACGAGCAUGAAUGUUAAACCAUUGAACAGCGCAAGCUACAGAAAUUAAGAACACAUUGAGUCUUAACGUGGCUUAUUUCCCUCUCAGCGCUCAGCUGAACUGAUGCUAGUCCUGCAUCUUCCACAGGAAGUCAUGUUCAAGUGUUCUGCAAGGAGUCAGACAGAGAAAAACUAUGUCGUGCCAUGUGGUCCUUUUUAAAAACACUUCGAUUGGUAACUUCUAGUCACUGACACAUGUCAAAUGUCAUGGCAUUGUAGGGAAUUAUUGAUAUAAAUAUAAUUUGCAUUUUCUUUCAUUUACUUUGGUUUUGCUGCUGCCUGUCUGUUAUUGUAGCCUGUUAUCGUUUGUCUGUGUCUUACUCUCUGCUUUACAAAUUAUAUGUGUGUGUCACUUUUCCC